AUGAGUAAUCAGUGUGGAAUUUUGAAAUCACCAUAAUUAAAUAAAGAACGAUUAGAAACAUAAAGAGAAAUGGAUCAACAUUUAAGAAUGUCUCCUGUUAGAAAAAGUAGUUUUUUACCUUCACGUACAAAAAGCUUAGGUUAAAGAUUGCUUAAUUUUGUUGGAAGAUAAAUCUCUGUAGAUUAUUAAGAAAGACUAGUACUUAAAAGUCUCUAAGCGGAAAAUAAUAAUGCUAAAAAAUUCUUUCAAAUAUUGCUUGCUCGAAAAAAUAAUCUAAACAAUCUUACAAAUUUUCAUUUAGGCUUAUUAAAUGAUAAAGCAAUUGGAAAUAUUAGUUUAAUUUAAAGAUAAACGUCGUUUAAAUUAUUUAUUGAUAGAGUGUUAGCAAAGAAACUUCUCAUAACUAUUAAACCCUUUGUAGAUAAUUUAACAUAGCAUAUUAAAGCAUUGCCUUUAUUAUAUCCAGAAAGUACUAAAAUUGUAGUAUGGGACAUAAUUGCAAUUUCAUCCAAAUUAUACUUUUUAUAUCUAAUCCCUCUAGAAUUAGCAUGGACAAACAGAUCAUUACUUUACAAUAGAUACUAUUCAUCUUCAAUAAUUAUGCUCAUAAUUUUAUUUAUAGAUUUUAUUAUUGGUCUAAAUACUGCUUAUUAUAAUGCAGGAUCAUUGAUUACAAAUCGAAUUUAAAUAUUUAAACAUUAAAUUACUAAAUCUUUUGGAUUAGAGUGGAUAUCUACUAUAAUUUUAAUAAUAUUACUUAUAAUUUGUAAAUCAACAGAUACUAUGAUAAAUGUGACUGAAAAUCCUGUGUAUUUGAUUUUAUUAAGUGUGCUAUCUCACUAAAUAAAUGUACAUUAUAAAACAAGCCAAUAUGAAUUAGCAUUAAAUUUAUCUAAAAAAGUUUCAAGUUGUUUAGAAUUACUUAAAUUCUUACUUUUAUUAUUUUAUGUCAUUCAUUUAUUUUCUUGUCUAUGGUUUUGGGUAUUAAAUUUAAAUAUUAUUAAAGGUUGGUAAUUAUAGUCGAGAAUAAAAUGAAUAAACUUGGUUAGACACUCUUAAAGAUCUUCCAAUAAUAGAUUGGACAGAUGAAUACCUAUAAUCAUUUUAUUAUAUAUGUGUAACUAUGUUUACAGUUGGAUAUGGUGAUAUUACUCCUAAAAGUGGUUUGGAAAAAUCUAUUUGUAUAUUUUUGAUUCUAGUGUCAAGUAUUCAACUUCCAUAUUCAAUAAAUACAGUUGGUUCAAUAAUUGAAAAAAUAUCAGAUUAUGGGGAGGAAACAAAAAAUAAAUUGAGGACAAUCAACAGUUAUAUGAAUAAAAAGAGAGUUCCUUAUAAUAUACAGAAUUAAAUUAGAUAGUAUUUAAAUCAUUAUUGGGAAUCAUUACAAGGACAAGAUACAGAAGAAGAGAAAGUAAUAAUAUCUUAAUUAUCUGAAAAUUUAAGAGAAUAACUUAUUAUUUAGGCUCAUAGUAGAAUAUUUUCUAAAGUUUCUCUAUUAAAAUAAAAUUUUAGUCAUUAAAUACAAUAAAUUUUACUACAAAAGGUAUAAUCUGUUUUAUUAUAACCAGAAUAGAUUAUUGAAUUAGAUAAUAAAAUUUAAUGUUACUUUGUUGAUGAAGGGGAAAUAAAUUUAUUAAUUGAAUCUGGUUUAGUCAUUUAAAAAGCAAAAAAAGAUGAUAUUAUUGGUUUAGAUAAUUUAUUUUUAGGAUUUCAAAAUAAAAAUCAAAAACUAAAAAUUAAAAGUAUAGGUUUUACUAAAUUGUUGAUCUUGUCUAGAUAAGAUUUUUUAUAAGAAUUAAAGGAAUUUCCUAAUGAUUAUGAAAAGUUCUGCUCUAUAAAAGAUGAUUUAUUAUAUAACUUCAAAUCUUCCUACAUUAAAAAAUAAUGUGAUUCUUGUUUUUAAUCAGGACAUGAAAUUGUUAAUUGUUCUAUGCUUCAUUAUGUACCUUAAAGAGAUCUAUUGAUUAAAAGAUAGCAAUUUCUUUAAUUACAAUAGCGUUAAUAAUUUUCAAGAAGAUAAUAUAAAUUAUCUAGAAUAAUUUUAUCUGAACUUGUUAAUCCAGAGUUUAAUGAAACCAUAUAGUAGUUUUAAAAAAAAUAUUAAUUACCUCAAUUAUCUAACCUUAAUAGUAAUAACUUAAAUGUUUAAUCUUAUUAAAAUGUUGUAUAAGAUGAUAUAAAAGAUUUACAGAAUAUUAAAAUAGAAAAUUUAAAAGUUUCAACAACUUUAAAUUCAAGAUAAACAUAAAAAAAAGACUCUGUUUUAGCAAUUUCUUAUAUUCCAGGUAGCAAUAUUGAUCAAAUGUAAAGAAGUAUAAAUAAUAACAAAAAAAUGGUCAUAAAUCAAUCAAGCAAAAAAUAAGAACUUGAUAAUUAAUUAGAUGGUAUGGGUAUUUAAAGAUAGAAUAGUUUAACAUCUAGAAGGUAAUCAUAAGGAAUAAAUCUUAUGAAUAUGUAUUAAUUUAAUUUAAAUAAUAAUGCCUAUAAAUAAAACUAUUUACAUGAGUUACUUAAUCCAAGUUAUGAUAUUAAUUUUGAUGAAGAAUUAAAAUUAAGGUAUGAUAAUUUAAAAUAUACUAAAAAUAUGAGUAUAGAUGAUAAAGUAGCUAUAGAAUUACUUUAUUUGAAAUAAGUUAACAAUCAAAAAUAUUGUAAAAAAGGUUUAAUAGAAUUCGAGACUAUUAAAUAUUAUCAUGAUUAUUUCCCUUAACAUAAUUAUAGUAGAUAAAUAAGUAAGGCAAACAAGCCAUAAAAUCUAGAAUUAAAAAAAUUAAUUCAAAAAUAUAUGAGUUAUAUACUUUAUCCAUCCGAAUUUGUUCAAAGUUUUAAAUAACUUUAAUAAGAAAAUUAGAGAAUAGGUAUAUUUACUGAUGAAGUUAAUAAUUAAAUUUGA